AUGAGCGCCGGUGAGUUGCAGCAAGCGCAGCCCAGAGCCUCGGCGCCGGCGGCCGCCCCAGCGCCCCCUCAGCCCCGCAGCGCCCAGGAAGCCCCCGACAUGGCGGUUUAUUGCAGCGAGAACUUCAGCGUCUACCCCCAGCCCAGCCUCCAUCCGCCCGGUGCUGCAGCAGCCGCCGCCGCGGCCGCCGCCGCCGCUGCCGCCGCCGCAGCCUCCUCGGGGCAGCGGGCGGGCGGGUACGCGCUGGGGGACUACGGGGCGCCCGCAAACGCCGGCUACCUGUGGGGCAUGAACAGCCCCGCGCCCUACCUGCAGGGCCCGCCCGGUUCCGCCGCCGCCGCCGCCAGUCCCUUCCUGCCGCCGGCCUCGUACGGCUGCUCCCGGGGCGGGCAGUUGGUGGGGUCCCCCCCGGCGCCAGGGUCGCCGUCGGCGGGCGGCGCGGAGCUGAGCUGGCUGAGCCUGGCCAGCCAGGAGGAGCUGCUGAAGCUGGUGCGGCCGCCUUACUCGUACUCGGCGCUGAUCGCCAUGGCCAUCCAGAGCGCGCCGGAGAGGAAGCUCACCCUCAGCCACAUCUACCAGUACGUGGCCGAGAACUUCCCCUUCUACAAGCGCAGCAAAGCGGGAUGGCAGAACAGCAUCCGCCACAACCUCAGCCUCAACGACUGCUUCCGCAAGGUGCCCCGCGAUGAGGAUGACCCCGGGAAAGGAAACUACUGGACUUUAGACCCCAACUGCGAGAAAAUGUUUGACAACGGGAACUUCCGCCGCAAGCGCAAGCGGCGCUCCGAGCCCAAUGCCCCUGCGACCGCAUCCGCAGCCUCCUCUCUGGGGGGCCUGAAGGCUGAGGAAGAGCGACCCAUCCCCAGCGCAGGCAAACCAUGCGGAAACAGCCCCCCCCCCGAGCUGGACCCCUCGCCUUCUGCCAGGGACCAUCCCAAAAGCUCCUCUCCCUCCAGUAUCAUUUCAUCCACCCCAAGCUGCCUCAGCACCUUCUUCAGCGGCAUGAGCUCCCUGAGCAGCGGAGGCAGCCGGCUGACAGGGGCUCUGGGCAGUGACCUCCAUCACAGGAACUUCUCUGCUGGACAGCUGAGCAGUGGCACUUUCACCCCUUCCAGCAGCUCUUCUCAAGAGGUGCCUUCACCAGACCAGCUACAGCGGGUUGCGGGACCUUCCCCUGCCUACUACAGCUCCUUCCAUCCCAGCAGCAGCAGCCAGGGAGCCCAGUACAACCACUACUACAACUUCACCGUUAACAGCCUCAUCUACACCCGGGAUGGAACGGAGGUGUAGGAUGCUGGAGCGGGCGCUGCAAAGGGAA